AUGGCACCCCGACGCCGCUGUCCCGUGUGCGGUUCCCGGCAAUGGCACAAGGAACCCUCCAGCGGUCUCAUUACUUGCAACGAAGGCCACGUACUCCAGAGCUACAGGAAUGAGACUCGAGAGGUCACCGAGCUUGGUCCGCAUACACUCAGGAAGAGGACGCUGAAGUCAAACCGCAAGAGGAAAGAGAAGCAGAGUAACGCAGAUCCAAAGUUGUACCACGGAGAACGAGCGCGUUACCAUUACUUCCAAUGUCUUCAGCUCAUUCUACGCAUGCAAGUUGCCGCUCUAACACGGCUGUGGGAACUACCCCCAGAGUUCGAGAUGGUAUGCAGAGACAUAUGGACGUUGCACCUAGAACUGCUUCCGCAGCCACCUCCAGCCGAACCUCUAGAGGCGAUGCAUGGCGAGGGAGAUAAAAAGCAAACAGAACAGUCUUCUCAGGUGCAAGUGGAUACACAACCUGCAGACAUCAGUGACGGAGAAGAGCCCGAAGAAGAAGCCAAAGACUCAAGUGACGAGUCGUCCUCUUCGGAAAGCGACGAGGACGAGGACGAUGCUGAAUUGGCUGCAUUAAUGCGAGAAAAUUCGUCCUCGUCCUCGUCGUCAGACGAAGACAUCGAAAAGCAACCCAAAAAGAAUGUCUCGAAAAAGGGCGUUCAGGGUAUCCGGUCAUCUAGGCGUUAUGACUCCCCAGCGAGCAAUAUCUCUGUCCUCGUACUGGCCUGUUGGACGCUGCGGUUACCUGUUAUAUAUAUGGAUUUUGUGCGGUUAAUAGAAGCCUAUGAACUGCCUUACCUGGAUCCCGUCCGCCUCCUCCCAACCAGCCUAGCACAGCACUUGACGAAGCACACCGCCCAUGCAUUGUCGCCUCAUCACUCUCCCAAGCCUGUCUACCUGCAUAUACAGACAUCAAGGCUAGCAAGACUCAUGUAUUCCACUUACGAGAUAAGCACUCCCGAGAUGAACGCGCCCCCAAUUCUCUGGCGCGCAGUCCGUGGUUUGCGCGGGACACCGACACUGUACAUGUUGGCAAAAACACUGGCGCGAGUCCUGUCGAUUCCGCUGACGCUACACCGGUCUCUCGCGUCCGGAUUCAAGCGUACCGAACAAGGCGAGCACGGUUGGCACAGGUACGAUAACGCCGUACCGGAGGUAUCCCUCGCUGCGACGGUCAUCAUUGUGAUGAAGAUGGUGUACGGGUUGGACGGUGAAGUCAGGCACCCCCAGGAGAAGGACGAUCCGGCGCGCACGUUACCGCUCUUAUCUGAUUUGCUGGCGUGCAUCAAGGACCUCGACGAAAGGAGUAAAAUGGAUGAAGAUGCCAUCUUUUCUGCGAAGUCGCCCAUGUCGGUAGUUGAUCUGAGCGAACCGAUGCUGGAUAAAUACCUUGACUUCUGCGAGAGGGCGCUGUUGGUCCGAGAGGAUAAGAGAACCGAGAGGCACGUGAUGGCCGAUUUCUUUCCUCUUCAUCCUGCGCCUGCACCGCCUGCCUCCAAAGCAGGAUCGGAAUCCGAGCCCCUACGCAGGUUGACCGCACCAGAGAUCUCACUUGAUGCGGAAUCGCAACUUCUACUUUCGCCAGCAGAGUCGUACAGCAUCUACAACACUCAGGAUAUCCUUGGAACGCUGCCUGAACAGCUUGAGCUUGUGAUCAAACGGGCAAGCAGCUGGGCCGGGUUAGAUGAAGAAUAUCUCUGCGGCGUGGUCGAACGAUUCGAGCGAAGGCUUGUUAGAUGGUGGGAUGGCGUGAAGAAGAAGGAGCGAGAAGAAACGAGUUUGAGUGAAGUUCAAUGA